AUGCUGGCUAGGAAGAGCAUCAUCCCCGAAGAGUUCGCGCUGCCGGGGCUCGCGUCUCGGGUGCCGCGCAAGCCCGUAUUCAGGGACCGGGUCAACAAAGCCCGCUUUAUCGCCAAAAACGGCUCCUGCAACUUGGCGCACAAGAACAUCCGCGAGCAAGGAAGGUUUCUUCAAGAUGUCUUCACCACGCUGGUUGAUCUGAAAUGGCGCUUCACGUUGGUGAUAUUCACCAUGACAUUCCUGUGCAGCUGGCUUCUCUUCGGCAUGGGGUGGUGGCUGGUAGCGUUCGCGCACGGAGACAUGGAUCCGCACCGCGAGAGCGGCAUCGAGCAGUGGUGUGUCACUAAUGUCAAGUCCUUCACUUCCGCGUUCCUGUUCUCCAUCGAGGUGCAGGUGACCAUCGGGUUCGGCGGCCGCAUGAUCACGGAGCAGUGCCCGACCGCCAUCGCGGUCCUGAUCCUGCAGAACAUCGUGGGCCUGAUCAUCAACGCCAUCAUGCUGGGCUGCAUCUUCAUGAAGACGGCGCAGUCGCACCGCCGUGCCGAGACCCUCAUCUUCAGCCGCCACGCCGUCAUCGCCGUGCGCAACAACCGCCUGUGCUUCAUGUUCCGCGUGGGCGACCUGCGCAAGAGCAUGAUCAUCGGCGCCACCGUGCGCCUGCAGGUGGUGCGCAAGACCACCACGCCCGAGGGCGAGGUCAUCCCCAUCCACCAGAUCGACAUCCACACGGAGAGCGCCGUCACCAGCAACAGCAUCUUCCUGCUGGCGCCGCUCAUCAUCUGCCACGUCAUCGACCGCGACAGCCCGCUCUACGACCUCUCCGCCAUGGAGCUGCAGUGCAGCGACCUGGAGGUGAUCGUCAUCCUGGAGGGCGUGGUGGAGACCACCGGCAUCACCACGCAGGCCCGCACCUCCUACGUCACCGAGGAGAUCCAGUGGGGCCACCGCUUCGUGCCCAUCGUCACCGAGGAGGACGGGGUGUACUCCGUCGACUACUCCAAGUUCGGGAACACCGUCAAGGUGACCACGCCGCGGUGCAGCGCCCGGGAGCUGGACGAGAAGCCCUCCAUCCUCAUCCAGACCCUGCAGAAGAGCGAGCUCUCGCACCAGAACUCGCUCCGCAAGCGCAACUCCAUGCGCCGCAACAACUCGGUGCGGAAGACCGGCUCCAUGCGCCGCAGCAACUCGGCCCUGAUGGUGCCCAAGGUGCAGUUCCUCACGCCGGACGGGAGCCAGAACAUGGCCGUCACCUGACGGCAGGCAUGGCGCCCCCUGGUGGCGCUGUGCUGCCUGGCGUCCUUCGGGGCUCCUCGCAGUCCUUUGGCCCUUCUAGAACUUUCCCUCUUCCUUCUCCCCUUCGGUUUCCUCCGUGUUAAUGGCUAGGCGGGUUAGGUUUUAGAGUUGCCGAGCCGAUUUUUGCCGCUCCCUCAAGUCCGAUCAGGCCCUGGAAUGCUCGCUCGGUGCUGUUGUGCCAAGCGGCCGAAAGGGGGGCCAAUACUAGCCCAGUGAAGGAUGGGCUCCCCCUCUAUAGCCAGAUUCUUACAGAGAUUUCAUCCCAUAGGGGAGUUUUUCCUCGCCACAGUUUGAGUGUUUUUUUUUUUUUUUUUUUUUUUCCAUUGGCCUGGUUUUUUUUUCGGUUUCCUCUGUAAAGCGUCUUUGUGACAGUGUCUCUGUACAAACCAUAUAUAAUUGAAUUGGCUUGACCAAGGGCCUCGUGGGUUUGCUUUGGAACACAAACGCUGUAACCCAUGACGAUCCCUUUAAUAUUAGGAGUGGUGACACCCGGUCCCAGGUGGCCUUGGGGUCCCAGGUCGCUCCUGUUCCCACCUCAAAAAUCAGCAUCCAGUCAAGACCCAAAAAGAGAACAAGCUCACUGUGUAAACAGCUAAUUUAGCUGAACAACAAAGUGCAGAGUAACAACUUUAAAACCUGCAGUGGGUGUCCAGGCCAGGGCAUGUGGAUAGAGAGGAUUAAAUUACAUCCCACAUAUAAUCCUCAGUCCUCCUUAAACUUUACUGAUUCUUUGUACAUUAAUUUUUCAAGAAGAAAGAAAGUACAUGAUAUAUUACAUUUGGCAGAUGCUUUUAUCCAAAGCGACGUAUAAUAAGUGCAUACCGAAGGUCAUUGAAACUAAAAAACAGUUCAGAUAAGGUACAAUACUCAUUAGGUCCAGUUCACACGGUAAGCAUAGGCUAGGAUAGAAAGUUAUGGUAAGUCAAACUAGGAGGCAUGACAACGAGCUGCAACAUCAAGAUAACGGUACAAGUGCAAUAUAAGUGCUAUGUGGAGGUACAAGUGUAACGCGAAAGUGCUACACAAACAAAUUAGAAGGAUACAAGUAAUAAGAGCUAUUCUAGAUUGGGAGUGCCCUGCAGAGUAGUGAUAGUUAGUCCAGGUACAGUCUGAAGAGAUGCAUUUUCAGCCCACGUCAGAAGAAGGGCAAUGACUGAGAGGAACAGGAAGUUCAUUCCACCAUCGGGGAGCUAGAGUGGAGAAGCUCCGUGGUAGGGACGAGCGAGAACCAUUCAACCAGAUGGCAAGGAGAGCGAGUCGCCUGUCUUUGUCUGUUUUAUGUUUAUCAUUAAUAAUACUAUUAUCCACUGGUAGUACUUGUAAGGAGUAAAACACAUACACACUAUACCAAUGUAACAUGAUAUAGAAAUAAUAUUAAUCAAAAUAGGCAAUUUUAAGUCUGUAAUUGUAAGCUGUUUAUUUACUUCAGCUCUGAAUGUUUUUGUCUAGCGUUUAAACAAGUCAACAGUUUUCAUAAUGUGUAAAACAAAAUCUUGAAAUGUGUCAUCUAUCUAAAAAUCGAACCGUUUUGCCAAAAUAAUUCAUGGCACAGAAAAACUUGAACCUAUUUGACAAUAUUCUAAAAACCAUUGCAAUAAUUAUCGUUUGAGAGAAAUGUACAGUUUCUGAUCGCUGCGAUCUAAGUUCAUGCAACUGACAAUGUAUGUUGUUACAUGCUUUUACAUGAUAAAAUAGCAUCUUUCGGAUUUCCACAAAACUAUUCUUAUUUCUAUGUCAUGAAAAAUAAAUAUUAUUCUUGUAUUUAACAAACGUACAUAGAUAUCUUAACCUUUUUUUUUUUGGUACUUUCUAUUAAUUCAAACACAAGUACUUGAGAUCUCCUAGUUUCCCAUGAACUAUCAAUGAACUGACGUAAGGACAGCAGCUGGUUCUCAUUAAAAGGAACGCAGCAAGAACCAUCAACAGGGCAGAGACUGCUUGUGUUUUCUGUGGUGGAAAAACCCAAAGGCAACUGUACAAUGUAGAAUCUAAAACUUUGCGUGUGAAUAAAGAGAAAUGAAUAAAAGCGA